UUCAGCUUUCAGGGUUCCGUUUUCUUAAUCAGCUGAUAGCACCAUGAAUGGCAUCUAUGGUAAUUUUACCCCACAGGUGAAUUGGCAACAUGGAUGGGACGACGAGAACGAAUGGAGACCAUAUCUAAGAGACUCUCAUCCAGUGCAGAGUUCUUGGGAACCUGGAUGGGACGACUGGAACGAAUGCAGACCAUAUCUAAGACACUCUCAUCCAGUGCAGAGUUCUCAUCCAGCAAGGAGAACUCUGCUUCAUAGAGCACGUCAGUGGAUGUUGGAGGACAGACCGACAGGACGACCUUCUGGCUCAAUCAGCUCUUUGCCACCAGCGCCAACUUAUUCUCCCUAGCGAUUUUUACUCAUCGAAAAUGAUACUGAACGAAAUACCUCUCCGACGUUUAGACAGCCAGUGCCUGAUUCUCCACCUCUAUGGUACUACCAGCAACUGCACUCACCAUCCUCUGUGCCAGAUUUGAGCUUUACCAAGGAAAAGCUAGAAAAGGCCGUGAAUAAGCUUAGAAAAGUCAAGAUUAAUCCAAGUAACGCAGUGAAGAAUGGUGAAAGGUGUGGCAUUUGCUUGGAUGAUUUUGACUCCAAACAGUUUGCGAUGCUCACUCCAUGCAGUCAUAUGUUUCAUGAGGAUUGCAUAGUGCCAUGUGUGAAGAUCCAAGGGUAUUGCCCUCUUUGUAGAUUUGUGAUUGCCGAAUGAAAUGCUGCACCAGCAAACAAUAGCAGGACCGCUGCUGCUGCUCUUUAUCUUUACUAGAGUAAAAGUCAAUUAUGUGGGAAUUCGAUAGAGCUCUUUAAGUAGAAAUCCGGGACGGCCUAGUGCUAAGUAAAAUGUGUUGGGAAUUUACGUAAACAUGCACAGCGGAAUUUAACAAA